AUGAAAAGGACUCAAUAUUUUUAAUAUUUAAUUCAUCACGAACCUAUAUUGAAUGUUCUGAUAGAAUUAAGGAAUAAUUUAAGUUCAGAAAAUAUUACUCUGGAACUUAGACUUGCUUACAUUCACAAGUUAAUGAUGGAAAAUGAAGUAUUGAUGAAGAUACUUAUCUUACCUUAUAUGUAAAUAUUAUCUUAAAUAAAAAACUAGUUGUGUAUGACAACCUUGUUAAUUUUGAAUCUGAUACCCGAAUUAAUAUCAUAGGGUCAAUAUGAACAUGACCAUUAAUCAUGGUUAGAGAGGGGUAAAGACAACCAAUUAAAUUUCCACUUAAAUGACUCUCAUCAUGAAUACUCCAUUACAUUGAUCACCAAAAGCGAUUUAGUCCCAAUCAUAUUACAGAAACCAAAGGAUGAUUAUAGCGGAAUAGAUCUAAUCCAUUUAGGAUAUAUAUCCUCGCCAAUUGACAAAUCUGAUCAAGAUGCUCUAAAAUAGAAAAUUAAAUCAGAGCUUAAAGGUCAAUUGAAGGUCUUUAGUACAAUCAUCAAGUAUGAGAAGAUGAUUCUUUCAUUUUACGAAGAUGAUUAAUGA